ACAGUGUUAGUUAAGAGAAGAGAAUGCACGUCUAGUGUGUGUAGUUCAGCUUUGCUUUUCAAGUUUGGAUUUAAACCACAGGAAGUUAUGUUCCAUGAAAAUGAGAAAGAAAAAGACAAAGUCAUGAAAGCUUGUCGUCGUUCGUGUGUUGGCUCUGAUGGAUCAUGGUGUCGGCACAUGUUUGUCCCCUUUGACAGAAUGAGGAAGCCAGCCUCCUGUGUCAAACAUUUACGUUGGUUGCACAUACAGCUCCUGGUCGUCCUAUUGGCAGGUCAGGCUUCUUCUCAGACUACUGCUGCUCCUUCCACUCUUUCUGCUACAACAAAUGCACAGACUUCAGCAGUAUACUACUUAAUUGAUGUUAAUGUGGAUGUCAGUGGAGAGCCGACGCAUGAAUCAGAAAUCGAGACCUGGCUUAUUCGGGUCUUUCAAACCAAACUAGAGAGCUGUGUGUCUUCAAACUUCCAAACUACAACUUCAAGCACAUUGGCAACAUCCAUGACGGCAACAACAUUACAAAGCAACAACACAACUACAGCUGCAACAUCAACAGCUUUAAUAAGCAACAACACAACUACAGCUGCAACAUCAACUGUUUUAAUAAGCAACAACACAACUACAGCUGCAACAUCAACUGCUUUAAUAAGCAACAACACAACUACAGCUGCAACAUCAACAGCUUUGAUAGGCAACAAAACAACUACGGCUGCAACAUCAACUGCUUUAAUAAGCAACAACACAACUACAGCUGCAACAAAUCAAUUUACCGCAGUGGCUACGACACACAGCCCAACAUCCUUUUCCUCAGACUCCAGCACAACGACAACGAACAGGGGUGGAGCCGUCAAACCAUCGAACAACCCAAACCCCAAUUCAAUCAAGCUGCGCAUAGCUCGUGAAAUUCAUAGUGAGACACAAAUCAGUGGGAUCAGUAAUGACACAACUGGCUUAUAUCAAGGAAUCGAAGUGAGCUGCAAAAUGAAGACCGUAAAAAGAAACACCAACUGUAUCGUGACACUGCAACUGAAGCAGAGUGUACCUCCGUGUUGUAUCCUCCGCACACUCUGUGCGGCCAGUAAAACUUCCUCUGACAUCCAGGUGGUGGGAAAAAAAGCAGAUAGAGCGAAUAAGCUACAAAGUGAGUGCAAUAGCACUCAAGAGGAAGAAAGCUGCAUUUACACUGGUCAAGUCGGUGCAUCAUGUGAAGAUUCUGGUUCUGCAUAUGUGCCUCGACAAAGUAACUCAACUAACUGUACCACAGACAAGCCGAACAACUGCAGCUGCUCUGAUUACUGCAGUGGAAGCAAUACAUACUACACUUUACAAUUGACAAUAAACCAUCCGACAAUGAGCGUUUCAGAUGUCUUGUCCCUGAUUUCUAAGAUAAAAGAAUUAAAAUGUUCUUCGAGCAGUGAUUCAUGUUCAUUGGCCACUGUUGCAUCGGAAUACAAGGGUGCCAAAGUGACCUGUGGAAGCACUGCGGAAGACUCUAGUCCUCAAAGCUGCAGUGUGAUUUUAGGCUUUGCCAGUAAGGUUAAUAUCUGUGAUGUGCAGAAGGCCGUGGAGACUGUGUUUCAGUCUGACAAACAAAUCACUUUCGGAUCAGUGACCCGAGCAGCAAUUUGUGGAAAUUCACUCGUCAGCGACAAUCCACUACAAUCCCAGUUCACUUUGAUGAAAUUUAACCUAACGCCUGCUAUGUUUUGUACGGCAAUAGAAGAGUCUGACUUGAUUACUUGUCAAAAUGGAAAAAAUGUGGUUGCAUUGCUAGAAGAGCAGUGUGUUCAGGCAACAACCCCACCCAGCCCAAAUGUGACAACCACACAACCAAACAACACCACCUCGUUUGUAAAUGUAACAUUUUCCCCUCUGAACACGACAACUGAAGCCCCGAAUGCCAUAACCACUGCUGGUAACGUCACAGUGACAGCAACACUCAAAACAACUGCAACCACCACAAAUGAGUCUGUUACAGAGAGCCCAACUCCUACACAAUCAGCUGAGAGCCAAGCCAACGCAUUGCUUGAGAUGACAAGGGACAUGUCCAAACUGAACUCCAGCCAGGUGGAUCAGCUGGUGUCUCUGCUGGAAAGUCUUUUGUCAGGCCCGACCGUCAGCCUGGAGCUGGGAAACAUUUCUGUCCACAUUGUCAGCAAUCUGCUGGAUGCUUCUCCUGAGACGCUGUCCGACUCCUCCGAUAGGAUUAUAGGGAUUGUUGAUACAGUGGCGUUGAAGCUUGUCCUUGAGCAAAAGCCUGAGACCCUCUUGUCUCCAGCUGUGGCUCUGUCUGUUAAACCAGCAGAUGGCACUAACUUUCAGGAAACAUUUUUUUCCAUCUCAGACCCCAAUAAUGUGCAGGUCCGUGGGAAUCCCAGGCUCGGAAGGAGUGUGAGAUCAGACUCCACCACCCCUCAGGGCUCCAUCAGGCUGCCCCCUACUCUCACAGAGGAUCUCACCUCUGAAGAACAGCAGCUGGCCUCCAGAGUCCAGUUCAACUUUUACCAGAAAAGCACAGUGUUUCAGGACAGAUCAAUGGGAGAACGCAGACUUAAUAGUGGGAUCCUGGGAGCGAGUGUGGCCAACCUGUCAAUCACGGAACUGCAGGAUGAUGUUGUAAUCCAUCUGAAGAACACAGAGCCCGUUCCCGGUAACUUUGUGGCUAAAUGUGUUUUCUGGGACUUUACAUUAAACGACGGAUCAGGUGGUUGGAAUUCCCGUGGGUGUUUUGUCCGAAACAGCACAGACAAUGAGACCAUUUGUGCCUGCAACCAUUUAACCAGUUUUGCCAUCCUUCUGGACCUUGCCAGAGAGCCUCUAACCAGUCGCCUCCAGGCCACCAUCCUUACCUUUAUCACAUAUAUCGGCUGCGGAGUCUCUGCCAUCUUCCUGUCUAUCACUCUCCUCACCUACUUAGCCUUUGGGAAGUUGCGUAAGGACAUUCCAUCCAAGAUCCUAAUCCAGCUGUGCCUGGCUCUGCUCCUGUUGAACCUGGUCUUCCUGGUGGAUGCAUGGCUGGCACUCUACCCGGAUGCCUUGGGCCUCUGUAUCUCCACUGCUUGGUUUCUUCACUACUUCCUGCUGGUUUCCUUCACCUGGAUGGGACUUGAGGCCGUCCACAUGUACCUGGCACUCGUGAAAGUCUUCAAUACCUACAUAUCACACUACAUGGUGAAAUUCUCACUGGUCGGCUGGGGUGUCCCGAUGAUUGUGGUCAUUAUUGUCAUAGCCAUUGAUAAGAAUAACUACGGUCUUGUCUCCUAUGGAAAGUUUCCUGAUGGCACCAGUGAUGACUUCUGCUGGCUGAAAAAUGACAUUGCCUUCUACGUGGCUGUGGUGGCCUACUUCUGUGUCAUUUUUCUGUUCAACAUCGUCAUGUUCACUGUGGUGUUGGUGCAACUGUGUCGGAUAAAGAGGCAGAACCCUCACAAUGCGCUUCACCGCAGCACACUGCAGGAUGCGCGCAGUGUGGCAGGGAUAACCAUCCUUUUGGGCCUCACUUGGGGCUUUGCCUUUUUUGCCUGGGGGCCUGUUAACCUGGCGUUCAUGUACCUCUUUGCCAUCUUUAACUCCUUGCAAGGAUUCUUCAUAUUUGUGUUCCACUGCGCGGUGAAGGAAAAUGUGAGGAAGCAGUGGAGGACCUACCUGUGCUGCGGAAGAAUGAGACUAGCAGAGAACUCAGAAUGGAGUCGCACUGCAACACAGAAGACAGUGAAGAAGUCAUCAGUGACCAGACUAACAUCUCUUCAUUCCUCAGAGUCCUCCAAGUCCAACAACUCAUCAAGUUCCUCAUCUUUCCUCGUCAGUGGCUCUUCAGAGCAGAUUAACGGCAUUGGUAGCCCAUUUGAGGACAGAGCCAUCACAGCUGAUGAAGACCACAGUACAGAUGUGAUCCUGAACGAGAUCAACAGCCAGAACAGAAACCAACAAGCCACUUGAUCCAAACAGGACAUAACAGGCCAUUUAAAAGCUCUUAUUUUGAAAUACUUGUAUACUACGUAUAUUAUGUAAAUAAGAGUAACUUUUAUUCCGUCCGUCUGCAUAUCACAUGUAUUUUAUGACUUGUAAUGGGGCAAAGGGAGGCCUUUAUUAUACAUGCCACUUGAUUAAAAAAAAUAAUAAUUACACUUUUUUACAUAAAUGCUCUUUAGGGUUAGGAGUUACCUGUGGUAUGUUGCAUACUCUGAUGUUGACCCAGCAGACUGGUACUGGUCCAGUCUAACAUGUUGGAUUCAAUAAUAUCGGGCAACUUCACAGAAUAGUUUUAACUCAACAUCUUUAAUUUCCCAUCUGCUGCAGAUAAAUCUUAGAUCUAGAUUUUUGAAAUUACAUUAAAGUGUCAGAGCACAGUGUCGAAAUGUUUUAAUGUUUGCCUAGUAUUGCCUAUAUUAGGCCAACAAAUGGGCUACAAAUAGAAAAGAGUUCUCAAUGACCAUGUGUUAAAAAUUACUACAGCUAUAUGUCAAGUGAAAUACUGUACUAUAAAAUAAAAAGUAAGUAAGGGCUGAUAGCAUCUUGUUUUUAUUAAGUGCUCAGAUUUUCCACUGAAAACAUGCAGCAUAACUUAUCAGAGCAACAAACUUGGCAUAUGCAAAUGUUACAGUGUUACCAUUGUUCUCAGAUGAGGUUGACAGUAAUUACAUAGGUUUAGAUGUGUUGUGUAAGGUGUAAGGUAAAGAUGUGAUCUGGAAAGACUUGCAAUGACUCGAGUCCAGAUGGAAUGCUGUACAUUCAUUCUUCAAACACCAUCAAGCAAUUUGAACUGCUCAGUAGUUCUUUAAUUCAAGACCUCUCUGUUCUUUUCAUCUUUGCCUUAAGGUACUUGUCAAUUAUCUGUCUUUCAGUUUCUUUCGGAAAGAAGAUAAAAACAUUUCCCCCAAAAAACACUUUAAUUGCAGAUGGUCACAAACAUUAUCUCAAGUAGAACAGAACAGCAUUUGGUGAAAUAAUAUCGAAUAAAUAAAUGUAACUCAGUCCCACAGGGUGGAUCACGUGUAGACGUGCUGUGUACUAUAUAUGCAAGCUACAUUCAUUGUCCUUUACAUGCACCUAUUACAGUCUUAAAAAACUUAAAAUAUAUCAGGAGGAACCAAAAAGGUGCUAAUAAAACAUGACAUAUAAACAGCACGAGCACAGAGGUGGCAUUAAAGUGGUGGAAUCAUUUCCCUUUUAAAAACACAUUUGGACUCAAACUUACUGGACAUGAUAGGACAUGAUCACAUUGUCUCGAUACUACCUGAAGGAAUCAAUCACAUUUGAGAGGCAGUAACAUAAACAGUGCUUAAAAGCGCCAAUAGAUUGCCCUAUCACACAAUAUGAGCACAUAACUGAAAGAAAAGACUGCAAGAAACCAAGAGAACACACACCUGUUGUAAGGAGCUACACCACAUUAUCAGUGUAUCAACUCACUGUUUCAACAUCCAACAUGCAAAUGGACAUUCAAAAUCAAGUAAAACCAACAAAACACAACUGAGGACACAGGAAGAAUGGGAAGAAAGAAGAGGAGGAUGAGGAGGAGGGUAGAAUGGAGGUAAUAGAGGAGGGGGUAAUAAACGUGUUGCACCUUAAUUUAUGUUCAGAA